AUUGUAUAUGUGUACAUAUUUUCGGAUCAGAUCCAAACACUAAAACAAUAACCCGGUCACCUUCUUCAUCAUCAUCUGAUCAAAAAAAAAAAAAAAUGUCAUCAUCAACUUUCUCAGGCGAUGAAACUGCUCCGUUUUUCGGUUUCCUUGGUGCCGCUGCUGCCCUCGUUUUCUCCUGUAUGGGAGCCGCUUAUGGGACUGCGAAGAGUGGUGUUGGAGUGGCUUCGAUGGGAGUGAUGAGGCCUGAGUUGGUGAUGAAGUCGAUUGUGCCGGUGGUUAUGGCUGGAGUGUUGGGUAUAUACGGCUUGAUUAUUGCUGUGAUUAUUAGUACUGGGAUUAACCCGAAAGCUAAGUCUUACUAUCUGUUUGAUGGCUAUGCUCAUCUUUCAUCUGGUUUGGCUUGUGGACUUGCUGGUCUUUCUGCUGGUAUGGCUAUUGGAAUUGUGGGGGAUGCCGGUGUCAGGGCUAACGCACAACAACCGAAACUUUUUGUUGGGAUGAUCCUUAUUCUCAUCUUUGCUGAAGCUCUGGCCCUCUACGGUCUUAUUGUUGGCAUCAUCCUUUCUUCUCGAGCUGGUCAAUCUAGAGCCGACUAGAAUAAUUGACCAUUGUCCCAUCAAUGUGUUUGUUGCGUCUUUAAAGUGAGCGUUAUUGUUACCCUUGUUCUCUGGUUAGAGUCGCUGUUUGUUCAAGCUUUCUUGGGUGGUGAGGUGAUACCGGCUGGUUGUAGACAAGAUUCUAGUUUUCCUCAAUAAAGUCACUAUAUUAUAAUUAUUAUUUGUUGCUUAAUUUUUGCAUUAAACCCUCUUUGGACACGGUAUCCUUGUAUUCUGGUCCUGUAGAUGAUAAGACCUGGAAUUUAUGGAUUAUCAUUUAUUUGUAUCAUAAUUUCUAUUAAUUACAUGUUUUCCUACUAGUUUAAGUUAAA